AUGUCCUUAUCAACACUCCUCUACAAAGCAGAAGUUAGGCAAGGUUUAGUUAGUCGCAACGCUGGCGUCUGGCUGAAUAUGUGUUGGUGCACUACGCAAGAAGUGGCCGAGGUGCUAAGCAUCAGUAGACUCCGCGGUGAUGUGUCUGAGUCCGCGCGGAAAACAGCGGACGAACGGUUCAUGCAGUUGCACAACGGUUCUAUGAACAUAGGCGAUAUUUUGACUGAGGUUGCCGUGAAUCGGGGUGUGUGUGGCGGUGCCCCUUCCGACAGUCUGCAGCUUGCGGCUGCGCUUGCACUUGAGCCGCUAGUAACCAAAGGCCGAUGGUGCGAGGGUAAUGGUUUCAACGACAAGGUGCGUGUGCUGGAUAUGUUGUUGGGUUUUUUGAGUGAUGAGGCAGUCAUGAGCAGUGGUAAUGCUACACACACAGGUCGGGUGCGCGUUUCUCUUUGUCUUUGCCUGUGCCAAAUCAUUACGUUUGAGAGUCCUACACCGUACUGGAACGGGGUUUUGUCUGAUUGCCUUGCGUCCAUCGUUUCAGAUUGGUCCGGCAGUCAAUAUGAGAUGAUAGACAAUGAUAGCGAACACAUUUUCAAGUCAUUUCGUCAUAUUGUUGUACUCCAGCUAUCGGAGUUGUGUGCAUCCAAUACUGCGCUGUGGUGGUAUAUGGUGUCUACACUGUCGCGUUGUCUUGUGGAGGGAUCGUCCUCUUUUCCGGUUGGGGAUGUGCGGAGGCACUUCAGCUUUUCUGUAGUCUUGCGACUCAUGCGGCGGCGGCCGCGGGUGAGUGAUACACACGAGGGGAUGAGACCGGCAGAUUCUUUUAUUUUUGGCCCUGCAUUUCGGCAGCUCAUUGAUGGCAGUCUUCAGCAGGCUGUGGCGCUCGCAGGGAGCGACAGGUGGAGCCAUGUAGCUGUGCAACAAGAGUGCCGAUUACUGCUAGAUAUUUCAUCCCAUUUGAUAAGCAACGCCGAGUUUGCAGCUCAACUGUUUCGGUGUAGUGUCGAUCUGCUUGUACUUGCAGAACCUACAGCAUAUGACACUAUUGCUGCAAGUACUUUGGUCGCAGCAGUGGCAGCUCGAGUGGAUAGCGCCCUUGAGUGUAUGUCUGGGGUGUUGCAAGCAUUUCCUGAGGUGUCGUUGCGGUUCGACGCAGGGGAGGUAACAUCUAAACUCCUCAACUGUAUGGCGGGCGCUGCUGCAGCGGCACGGGGUGAUGAAUGUGAUGAUGACGAUGAUAAGGAAGCAGAGUUGCUUGGAAUGCUGCGUGAGGACUACGUUGUGCCGUUGGGUUGCGCGGGGGGCGAUACGACGUCAACUGCCGGUGCCGUGCUUGAGUUGUUGGUAGAGGCAAAUCCCCAGCAACUUUCUACUAUCGUGGACGCGCUUUGUAAUUGUUGUUCUUCCGCGGAGGGUUUGUUGUCGUUGUUAAGGUCCGCUCACUGGCGGGCCUGGGCUGCGGCCUUGCGGUGCUGUUGUCGUGUGUGUGAGGAAGGGGAAACAUCACUCAUUGACCGGAUGCCGCACGUUGAGGAUAAACUAAUGUUGCCACUUGCGCAGCUUUUGCACGAGAGCACAGAAUCUAUGGUGUCGGUGGAGCUUAUUGACUUGCUUUCUCUGUGUCUCGUACGGACGACUCAGGGAGCACUUGGAUGUUCAUUUCUGGCGCUCCUCGAUGGUGUUUUCCAUCAUUGCAACAGCGUGUUUGGUUUAGCGACCGGUGGAACAGGUAUUGCAGCGCGCGGAGGCGGGUCAAGUCAGGUUGCACUGCUUUCCGUAUCUGUCUACGCUGUGCACCGGCUUUUAUCGCGAUGUGGUGAGUCUGUUACCUCAACACUUGUUGCGGCAUGCGACGUGCAAUUGUGGUUAGAGCGCUCACUUUCUGUACUUGCAAGUGGUGGGUUGCUUGCCGUUUACUGCGGGGCGUACGCUGUCAAAACGCUUCUGUCAUUCGCCCCGCGAACGGCUUCCCACUACCCCGCGUUGGCCGCAGCGGCUGUUGAUAGCGCAUGCAGACACUGUGGUAUACCGGACGCAUCGUCCCUUUUUGCCGGCUUGCUCACUUGUUUGUGUGAUCACAAGGAAGGCGAAUGCGCUCUCGCAGGCGAAUUGCUGUCGGUUGUGGCUCACCAUUGCCAACUCGCGACUCCUCACCGGUCCGUGCUUUUGCGAAGUACCUCCGAUUAUGUGCUUCGCGCCUCGAAGCUUUGCCUUGAGGAAAAGAGUCGAUUGCAGGAUGGAGUGGAAAGUAACACAUGCCAGCAAUGCAAGGUGCUCCAGCUUGUGCGGUGCUUUCCCUUAAUAACUCAUUUUACCGUUAGUGACGCUCCUCACGAUGAGGCAACGACGAGGCUUCUCUCAAGUUGUUUCGCCGCCUCAUCUUCUGUUUUGUUUGUGCUUGAUGCCAUCGAUGACGACGUGUUGGCGGACAUGGGCUCUUCUCUUAUUGCACUGUUUCAUGCCUCCACUGGUGCAAACCGUAGUUGUACGACGUUGUCUACCGUAUGUACCGCCAUGAGUGUGGUAGGACUCGUUAACCCAUCAUUUUUCAAUGAUGGCGCUGUGUUAUCUGCUGUGUUGACUCUUUUUAAAAAGGAGGUUGAGGUUGCCCCAAGAAAAGGGAUGGAUUACAUUGGCUGUUGCUUGCCGGUAGCCCUUUCUUGCGUGCGCCACCCCCAGCAACUCAGUGUUAUUGCAGGAGGUGACUUAACACCUGCAGCUGCCCGUGGUGUGCCUGUCGCUUCAGCUUGGUUAGUAAUGUUUGGAGUGUGGAGUUCUAUUUCCCCCUUCGCAGAUCACUUCACGUCGUUGUAUUUUCUUGCGGCAUGGCACCGACUUCUACUUUAUGCCGUAUCGGUUCGGGCAAGCGAUGCCAAUAGGCUUGAUAUGCUUGCUACCAGUGCGCCUUGUUGCUGUGUUUACGCACUGCCAAGUUUGCACGUGAAGUCGCUUCCGGCCAGAAGACUGGCGGGUUGCAGUAUUGCGCAAUGCAUUGCUGCUGGUUUGUCGUUGGUAGUAGUUAGGGGCCAGCGAGCGGCGAAAUCACAAAUGCUAGACGCGGAAAUACGGAAGCCACUGUACAUUGCAAGAAGGUACAAAGCCUUGUCUGGUCUCACAAUGCACGAGUCGGGGGCUGAUAUAUUUUUAUCAAUGAGUGUACCUGAGGGUGCGAGUUGGUUGCUCCAACAAAUGUGUGACGCUGGAUAUGAAGCGGAGGUCAAUAUGGCUAUGCUUUUUGCUGCAGACUGUUGA